AUGCACUGUGUACUGCUAGGGGUAGUGAAAAUGCUAAUGGCCACCUGGUUUGACUGUAAGUGUCAUGCAGAGUCAUGGUACCUCGGACGACAGUUGAAAACAAUUGACGAGAGGCUCCUGGCCAUCCAGCCACCCGAUUUUAUCACUAGAACGCCGCGCUCUGUCAGGCAUAGAAUGUAUUGGAAAGCAAGUGAGUUCAGGGCAUGGCUACUUUUUUAUUCUAUUCCAGUACUUUCUGGCAUUCUUCCACUGGCUCAUCUCCAACAUUUUGUCCUCCUCGUCUCCGCCAUCCAUAUGCUGUUGAAAGAGUCUGUAAAACGGCACGAAAUUGAUCUGGCCGAAACUUUUCUUAGUCGCUUUGUUGAAGAGUCCGCAUCACUUUAUGGACCACAGUUUUUAACUUUCAACAUGCACCAGUUAACACAUCUCGGUCUUUCUAUAAGACGUUGGGGCCCCCUCUGGGCAACGUCUGCAUUCCUUUUUGAAGAUAGAAAUGGUGAACUAGUUAGAGUUAUCCAAGGCACCAGGGCAAUCGAUAAGCAACUUGCUACUCUUGUCGGGAUCGGAAAUGCACUUAACUCAAUUGAGCGACGCAUGGAUAAGGGCUCUACUGCAUUUUCUGUCUGGAACAGAAUUCGGAAUGUUCAUUUUCCAAAACAGACGACAGACGGAUCUGUAAAACUCCAUGGACGCCCAUAUCAAGCGAACAGAAAGAUAGCAAGUUUCUUAUCGACCCAGUCUAUGUUCGACAAUGCAUUGAUCUACAAGAGGGCAACGAUUGGUUGUGUCACUUUCACAUCUAGUAUUUAUGAAAACCAGAAACGUAGAAAUAACAGAGCAGUCAGAUGUACUACUGAAAACGGUAUUUGCUAUGCAUCCAUUGAGUGCUUUGUGAAGAACAGCAUGGAAGUGUAUGCUGUUCUCAACGAGUUUUUUAUCGAUGAUUCUGAGACAAUAGUACACGAGAGCAUGAACUACUCACUUUCCCAAUUCAUUCCUGUGUAUUCCACCGACAAUCAGCUUGUCAUUGUCCCCCUUCCCCAAACAGAACUCCACAAGUGUAUUUUUGUUCUUGAUUACAUUGUUUCAACACCGAAUCUGUUUGAGAUGAAUUUGUAA